UUUAGAAUACUUAUAUAUAGUCUUCCUCUGUUCUAUGUUUCUUCCUCCACAUUGCCCCUCAAAAAUGAAGCAGCUGCAGCAGAUUGGAGUCCUUGUCUCCUUCAUAUUCUCCAUCCAAUUGCACCUCCUUGGGGUAGCAUUGGGUCACCAAGUCACAUUUUAUGUACACAACAAAUGCCCCUUCCCAAUCUGGCCAGCCACAGCCUCCAACACCGGUCACCCAAUCAUCGCCGACGGCGGAUUCUACCUCCCGUCCGGUUCAACCCAACGCAUAAUCGCCCCGUGGGACUGGUCGGGCCGAAUCUGGGCUCGAACCGGUUGCAACUUCCACCCCACACCCACCACCUCCAAGAAUCGGACCAAUUGGCAACCCGCCUGCGAAACAGGAGACUGCGACGGCCGGCUCCAAUGUAACGGCCUGAUCGGAACCCCUCCGGCGACCCUCGUCGAAAUCACCCUCCAAGGCUACAAGGCCAGCCCGAAUUACUACGACGUCAGCCUCGUCGACGGCUACAAUCUCCCCGUAGCCGUCAUGAGCAAACCCAUCUCCUCCAAGUGCUCGAUCGGCGGGUGCGUCAGGAACCUGAACGAUUGCUGCCCGCCGGAGCUCCAGGUGCUGAGCCGGGAUGGGUCGGGUCGGGUCGUGGCCUGCAAGAGCGCUUGCACGGCGUUCAACAACGACGCGUUCUGCUGCCGGAAUGAGUACGGCACGCCGGCCAAGUGCCGGCCGAGCGUUUACUCGAGGCUGUUCAAGGAUGUUUGCCCGAGUUAUUAUAGCUACGCGUUUGAUUCGCCGCCGCCGCUGGUGAAAUGUGACGCCAAGGAGUAUGUGGUCACGUUUUGCCCUGCGUCGUGGGGCAGCGACGAGCUGCAAGAGAUGUGAGAUUAUCUGUGGGAAUGGGAAAUAAGGGCAGAGUAUGAUUUGUGAAAGGCAAAUUGCUGUAUAUAUGGUAAAAAAUGCAUAUAAUAUACUUGAGAUUGGGGGUUUAAAUAAGGCUUUGUAGUGGAAUUAUGUCAACAAGGAUAUUGGAGAUGGUGGGGGUAAUAUGUAGAUCACAAUGUGCAACACCAAGCUACCUUCUUAUAAUUAUUCUACUGGUAAAUUAACUAAAUUCAAUAUAUUAUUUUUUAAA